AUGUCAUCUGAGCUUCCGGAGUUACCGAUCUCGGACGGAGCACAUCUCAAGGAGCUAGCUCUCUGGGGAGCACGCACGAAAGGUGGUAAUGGCCUUGAUCACGGGUACUGGCAGCCCUGGGGGCCACCCUUCGACUUCCAAGAAGUUGCACGCGCUGAGAAGGAUGCCCUGGGAACGUUCGCCCAGUGGAUGACGAAGCAGCUCAGGAGCCACCGGGAUGCUGUCGCACGACUUGCUGCAGCCCACGUCCAGCUGCAGGAGAGUCUCAGUGCAGACAUAGUGGACGGUAAGGCAAACUUUGCCUCUGCCGUCGCCAUGUUGACUGAGAUGCCUCAACGGAUGGAGGCUGCGGAGGCUCGCACGCAGACUCUGGAAUACCGAGUGGACCGAUUGAACGGUGAGUUGCUGAAUCCGCAGCCGACAAAGGCAUGCAGCUUGCCGAGACCGGCGCCGAGCAUUUCUGACAAGCCCACAGAUGAGGCAGUAAAGGAGUGCAGGGAAGCAGUGGGCCUCAUGUUGACCAUGCAGCAGAACAUGAAGCAGGAGCUCUCGACGAUUGAGGAAAACAUGAACAUGAGGUUGAGUGACUUUGAAGCGGCCCUGCAUGCUGCUGCGAAUGCCAACCAUGAUGCCGUACACACCCUUUUCGCAUCGCGCAGUCAAGAAUUGGAGGCCUUGUAUGCGCGAAGUGCCGCAUGUGAGGAAGGGCUACAAGAUUUGCAGACGGAGUCGUCGCGCUUUGCAGAGUGGAAGGAAGGUGCCUCUUCCGACCUGGUCCAGCUCGCGCAGCGAUUGGCAGAGGCGGAGACGGAUGCCCGGAUGAUCCACUCAGGGCUCGAGGAGUUGGCCACAAGCAUAGCGGCAAAGCCAGACCCAGGGGAGGCGCCCAAAGCCAAAAGAGCAGCAUCAAAGCUUUCCAUGGCGUCGGCCGUGGGUGCCCAAGCUCCAGCAUCAGAUGAGGCUGUUCAAAAGGCACAGGAAGCUGCCGAAAAGGCAUUGGAUGUUGCGAAGCAGGCGAUGCUCAUUGCCGAGGAGAUCCGGAUACAAGUUUCGGGCACGCACAAGGCAGGAGAUGUGUCGUGCGUACCGAAGCCAGCAGGAAGUUGGCCUUGUCGAGCCCGGGUGCGCAAAGGCUGCUUGCCAUAUCUCCCUCCAUCUUCGCUGGCCCAUGAGCACAAGCAGCAGGUGCCUGCGGCACCUCUAGACCCUGAUCGCCAGCUGAUAGACAUGCUGGACGACCAGUCGCCCAGUAGCAACGAGGACUCCUACAUCAGAGACGAUACAGACAACGAGCCUUUGCAACGAAAGCAAGAUAAAGGUCAAGCCAGCUUGGCGAUGGUGCUGCUGCAGGGAGCUGUGGAAGCUGAUGGCUCUUGGCAAAAGGAAUCGCAGGACAAAGAACGCUUCCUUCCUCCCACCGGGGGUUGCUUUCGACAUCAGAGUCCUCACAGUCGACUCGGUUCCAGAAACACUCGGCCUUUGACGGCAGAAAGACCUCGAGUAGUGCAUGCAGGAGGUGUCGUUCGACCCUCGACCGCCGGACAUGUGUGA